AUGGGAAACUGCCUGUUCGGGGGCUUUGAAGAAGAAGAAGAAGCCGACGGACUGAUCAAAGUCGUAACAUCGAACGGCGGAAUCAUGGAGUUUUCGGCGCCGAUAUCGGCACGAAACAUCGUCGAUGAAUUCCCUGGAAAUGCUAUUUUCCGAAGCAAUGAUCUGCUUUGUAAACCGAUUUGUCACCAUGAAGAACUCCUCCCCGGGAAAACAUACUAUUUACUUCCGCUCAACGGAAACGGAAGCAGCGUAGAUAACGGCGACGGCAAUAAAGGGCACGUCCGGUCCAAGUCCGACAAAGUCCAGCCGUCGUCGGCGUCGGCCAUUUCUCCAUACAGGUUGUCGAGUGAUGUCCAGGGGGUUUUAAAGAGAUCGCAUACUGAUGUUUUCUCCAGGUACAACAACAAGAACAACGGCAGUCGUGGAUUCUGGAAAGUGAAGCUGGUGAUCGGCACGGAACAGCUGUCGGAGAUUUUGUCACAAGAAGCUCGAACUCAAGAACUGAUGGAGAAUGUUAGGACCGUGGCCAAAUGCGGAAAUGGGGCAUCGACAGCCGUUGGAUUCUCCGGUCGACGGAGCCGGUCGAGCAUUAGGAAAACUUCCUUGUUCUUAGAAACGUAA